CCUGCUGCACUGCACUAGCCGACUUGUCCUCCAUUCCCCCCUCUCGUCUCCCAUAAAUAAACACCCAGCUCCCCAAAUCUCCAUUACGCUGCUCUCAUCACUCCCAAGAUGAGGAUCCGGCGGAGGCCGCAGCCGCAGGCGCUCAUCCCCUCGCCGCCGCCGCUGGAGCAGCAAGCCUCAGAUCCGUCCAUUACGCCCCAGACGCCGCCGCCGCCGCCACCGGGAAACCAACACCAUUCGGUCCCGCGGAAGGAGGACGACGCGGAGGAGGAGAAGAGCAAGUCGGAGGAGUUGCACCCGCACCGCCCAACUGUGGAUCUCGGCGACGAGCCCUCCCUGCCGGCGCAUCCGCAGGGCAACAACGUGGUGGCACGCAGCGACAACGCCCCGGGACGUGGCGGUGGUGCACAACGUCAGGCCGUGGCUGCAGCAGAUGCCCACCACGGGAGCCUAGAGAAUGGAUAUCACGAGGAGUGGCACUUGCCGGUGAUCAACGACCCCGGAGAACGUCUCGUCAACGGAGUCAUCGUCCCGGCAAAGCUUUCGGCGUCAACGACAAUUACCCUGAACGUGAAGGAAGGGAUCAAGAGCGAUGGUCCUAAGAGGAGGCGCGGCCCGGCGGUGCUGUUGGAAGGGUCCCGGUGCAGCCGUGUGAACGGGCGUGCGUGGCGCUGCAGCAGGCCACCGCUGGCCGGGUACUCCCUCUGUGAGCACCAUCUCGACAAGGGACGCCAGUCCCGUAAUGCCAACGCCAACAACGGCGGUGGAGGCCGCAUCGCCACCACGCUCAAGCUCGGUCGCACCGAGACGGUCACCAGGAAGAAGGCCUCACCGCUGGCCAUGUCCAUGGAUGGCAUCGUGCCUGCGGUGGCACAUCUAGCGGCGGAGUUCAGUUGAUCAUUCGAUUGGUUGACGGGUGCAUGGAAACGUACAGUUUGGUCAUUUGGAGAAGCUUGCUAGUUUCUAACUGUGAAUUCAUCUUCCUCUUCAAUGCCUCUGAUUAAUAGGGUUGCCGAUUAGUGACCACAAAAAAAUAUGGUACAUCUGUUAGAUUGUGGUUAUCGAUUGCUAUCCUCGCCGCUUCGACAAUACAUAAUCAUCAACUGGCAUCGCAGUGUUGCACCAUCCAAUCGCCACGGUUGGCUGCUGCACUGUGCGAAUGCGUUCUAUGAUGCAGAGAUCACCAUUUAUUCGAAA